AUGUCCACCGCCUCCAACACCAUGCCGCCCAACAAGCAGACAACAGCGACAGUAGCAGCUCCAGCUGCGCCGAUGCCGGUUGCGGAUAAUGGCUUUGGGGGCGGUCUACAACAGGAGGACCAGCUCGAGGAUUCACUCUACGAGCUGGACCAGCUGCAUCUUCAGUUGAUGAGCCUUCGUUCAGCACUCCUACGGAUGCUAGGAGCAAUGAAAACCAAGCCUCGCUCCCGUGAGGCCGCAUUUGCCGCAUACGCGCAAGCUGUCGAGAACUGCCGAAAGGAAAUCGCCGGCUUCGUAGAAUCGUUGGAAAAGGCAAAUGGCACCUUCGCUCGAGCAAACCAGAGUCAAGCGACGAACCCGAAAGGCAUCAAGAGCUGGCGAGCGAGUGAACACCCCGACUGGGCCGACAUGAAUCGAAAGCGCCGGCGAGUUGAUCAGUGA